GCGGCUGAGCAGGCAGCGGGGGGGUGGGGGGGUGGGAUUGGGACAGAGGCGGCUCAGCUUCGCCCCCUCGAGGCCAGGUCUCUCUGUAAGCUAGCCGGGUUAUAGUUUCCCUUCUCCGCCUCCGAGCUCCUCCUAUUUCUUCGUAGUCCCGCCCACCAAGGAAGCCACUACUACGCCUGCGCCUUCUACCUUGCCCCGCCUCCUAGCUAAACCGGAAGUUAGCCGAUUUCCCAUAGACCCUUGAGAGUGGCGGGUGUGAUAGUAAAUUUGGUAGGCGCUCUCGCGGGUUUAAGUCGGCUUUGUUGAGGUUUCUUUUGUGCCAGGGCGCUGUAGGGAAUUGGGGCCUGGUCGGUGCUUUGUCAGCGGAUGCAAUGGCGCUUCUCCGGGGCAUGUGGGGUGUGCUGAAUGCACUGGGAAAGUCAGGAGCGGAUCUCUGCGCGGGCUGUGGCAGUCGACUGCGCUCUCCCUUUAGUUUUGCGUAUGUUCCAAAAUGGUUUUCAUCCAACUUGAGUGGUUAUCCAAAGAAGCCUAUGACUUCAUACGUUCGAUUUUCUAAAGAACAGCUGCCCAUAUUUAAAGCUCAGAACCCAGAUGCAAAAAAUUCAGAACUAAUUAGAAAAAUCGCUAAGCUAUGGCGGGAACUUCCUGAUUCAGAGAAAAAGAUAUAUGAAGAUGCUUACAGGGCAGACUGGCAGAUAUACAAGGAAGAGAUAAACAGAAUUCAAGAACAACUAACUCCAAGUCAAAUGGUAUCUUUGGAAAAAGAAAUCAUGCAGAAACGUUUAAAAAAGAAAGCGCUAAUAAAAAAGAGAGAGUUAACAAUGCUUGGAAAACCGAAAAGACCUCGCUCGGCUUAUAACAUUUUUAUAGCUGAACGUUUUCAGGAAGCUAGGAAUGGCACAUCACAGGUAAAGCUGAAAGCUAUAAAUGAACACUGGAAAAAUCUCUCUAAUUCUCAAAAGCAAGUAUAUGUUCAACUUGCUAAAGAUGAUAAAAUUCGUUAUUAUAACGAAAUGAAAUCUUGGGAGGAACAAAUGAUGGAAGUUGGACGAGAAGAUCUUAUACGUCGCUCGAUGAAAUACCCAGCAAAAAAUGACCCUGAGGAGUUUUAAGAUUGAGUUCUGUUCAUAAUGGAUAGACACAAGAAACCAACUAGGUCUCAAUACCCGAAACUGUUGUAAAAUUAGAAUGGAUAAAGUUGGUGAACAUUUAUAUUUAAUUUCUUUUCUGUAGCCCAUGGACUUCUGCCAGCCAAUUCAAUACAUCUUGUAUUGGUGUCUUGCUUUUGAAAACCCACACAGAUGAGAGUUCAUGUGGAAUUUAUUUUGUGUUUAGAAACUACUGAGCAUCAAAAUAAUCCAUGAAAUGUAGCAGUGAAUCAUUUCACCUUUGAUAAAGGUAAAUCAA